GGUCCGCACCGCCCUCAUGGCGCUCAGCAGCCCGCGGCUCGGCGCUGCCCUGGGCAAGCCCGUCAGGCUCACCCUGCGUGGUGGUGCCUUCCAGGGCGUGCUGCAGUACCUCAGCCCCGACCGGAGGCUGUUCCUGCGGACAGGUCGAGGCUGCCUGUGGUACCCCAGCGCCCUGGCUUGGUGUGGGGCUGGAGGCUGAGGCGCUGUUGUGGGCGUUUGUGGUGCCUCACGGCCCCGGGGCGGCUUGCUUGGGGUGCUCCUGUUCUUUUUUUUUUUUUUUUUUUUUGAGGAAAGCAGCUCUAUGUGAGGCUGACUUCUGGGGGACAAGCACCAGUAACUCGUUCCGUCGUUAAAAGCGGUGUUUGAUGCUCCUGCCCCCCGCUGUUUGAACCCCUUGGUCUGAAAAUAGCCGUGGGUGACUUCUGCAGGGGCUGCCUGGGGACAGCGUGUGCGGCCUCCAGCCCACAGCCUGCCCAGCACUUGCUGUGCCUGCCACAACGCGUGUGUGUGGUUCCCCAGAGCCUAAACAGCCCUGGGAUAAAUAAAACACAGCCUUAAAGCUGAGAUAAAAGUAGUUGGAUCUGCCUGUGCUCUCUGGUUCGAGAUGAUUGAAGAACUUGGAAACUGGCAGAAGCACCCCAGGAGUAAAGCUGUUCUUUGAACAUGAAAUAGCCAGUGGUGAGGCCCUAAUGUGUGUUAAGACACGGGGAUCAUGGACACUUGGUUCAGCAUUUCAGUUUUGGUCACUGCUGGAGUCUUCAGUUGCACAACUUUCUUCUAAAUGGAAGUGCUGGAUGAACUGGAUUCAGGGAACGGAGCAGCAAUGCUUACUGAGUGCACUUCAGAUGCUGAGGGGAAUGGGAACAAAGGAGCAGACACAGGACAAGCAGAUCAUAGCCCAUGGAGUUCUCCAGGCGUUUUCCCUGAGAGCCAGCCCAGAGCCUUGAAUAGCUUAAAGUACUCCCUCUCAGAGAAAGAAGAAGAGAAGGUAGAGUACACAGUUAUUGAUUGCUUCCCGCAGAAAUUUGGCCCAGCAGUGCUACACCUGAAACAGCAGCGUGUUGUUAGUGUAGUUGGAGAAGGUGUUAAUUUAUGUCGUCAUGGAAAACUCUCCUGGCUUCAGAUAGCAACAAAGAGCCGUAUUUUUCUGUUUGAUAUUUUCCUUCUGGGACCUCAAGCUUUCAAAAAUGGAUUACAGAUGGUGCUGGAAGAUAAAAACAUCUUGAAGGUCAUACAUGACUGCCGUUGGAUCUCAGACUGCCUUUUUCACCAGUACAGCGUCCUUCUCUGCAAUGUCUUUGAUACGCAGGUGGCUGAUGUUCUGCAGUUCUCAAUGGCAACAGGUGGCUACUUUCCACACCGUGUCUGCACGUUGCAGGAGUGUUUGAUGCAGCACUUGAAGAUACCUUCCAAAUGGGAUGCCCUCAUGAAGUGCAGGCAGGAAGUGGCUUCAGAGAAUCCCGAUAUAUGGUUCUUGAGACCCUUUCCACCUUCUCUGCUUCAAGCGCUUGCUCUGAAGGCUAUGUACCUUCUGAUGGUCCACUCAUCUCUAAUGGAUAAUUUGAUGUCUGACCUAACAGCUGUGGUGAAUGAUUACUUAAAUGCUUAUCGGAAUGGAUCUGGAGAUCACCUUAGGAGCACAAAGCCCACUUGCAGGGAGCUGCCAAAGGAGCUGCGUCAGCUGGCAAGCGACCAGAAGCUGCGAAGGGAGAAAGCAGUGAAAGACUACAGGAUGAAUGAGGAUGGGCUUUUGAUCAGGCCAGCCAUGAAAAUAAAUGAGAAAAACGGUCCACAGAAGGAUGGGGCGCAUAGAGAUGACAGGGACUGUCUUCCCCCAAAUGAAGCAGUGCCUCGAACAUCCUUCAACAAUCAGGAUCUACUUUGUCAGUGAGCUCAAAUUGCAAAUCUGAGGACAUCCAAAUGAAUGAAAAGGGGCUGUUCCCCGUGUAGAAGUACCAAAGGAAAACUCCUCUCUUUAAAAGGACAGAUAAACAGGUUGUUGAUGGGAAAUAAUGAUGGUGUCUGUAAUGCCAAGGCAAUUCUUGCUGUGUGAUUUGUCAAGAUCUGUUUUGAGAUCUUUUUUUUUUUUUUUUUUUUAAUGAGCUGGUUUUGCUCUUGACUUUUUUUAUUAGACAAGUGUCUUCAGUUGUAUUGGUUCUUUUGUUGUCAACUGUUGCAGCGUAUGUAAAACUCCCACACAAACCAAACAUCUAAAUAGGGGAGCUCCUUACAUGUCUGUUCAUUGAGAUUAGAAAGGGCUUGCUUGGAAAAAAAAAGAGUUCUGGCCAACUAACGUGGGCUUGGUUUAUACACAGAUAAGUCUCUUGGCAUAUCUAAACAACAGCCACACUUAGGAGAGUGCAAAGGAUCCCACCCUAAUCAACAGCUCUGCUGGCAAUAAACAGCAGAGGUGUACUCAACUAAAAGGACUCUUCUGCCAACUCAGGGAGAUUUUGGGCUAGCUGACAAAAGAAGCAUUCUGCUUAUUAUGCUGCACUCCGCCAUUGUGUUAGCCCUACUCUAUCAGACUCUGUAGAUAAGGCAGAAGUAAUGUGUGUAUAUGCACAAGUGUCUGUAUUCUAAAAGUGGGAGGGGAACAGUUAAAUUAGUUGCAAAGGUGUCUAGCAUUUUCCUCAAAGUUAGAUAUAACAGCAAAACUAGUUUAUUCUCGGUGUGCUUGCUUUGGCUGUUAUUCAGUAAAACUUCUCCAGCUGAUAGUGCUCUGCCACAGUGACAAAGGACGUGCAGGCAGUGCCUGAGUCUUGGACCAUUUUUUGAUGUAACCUUAACGGUAUUCUGUAACCAAAUUGUAUAGGUACUUUGUCUCAGUUUGCUGUAGAAGAAAUAAACCAGGUUGGAAACAA